CGGACAAAUUAAGAUUAAUAACAAGUAAAUCUUAGUUAAGGUAGAAAUGAGCCUUAGAUCAUUAAGGAUCAGAGGAAAUAUUGUUAAUAUUCCAAUAAUAUUAAGGAGACAAGGAUACGCAACAGCAGCAAUUCAUGCUAAGGCACCAGUUCAGUUGUAUGGAGUUGAUGGGACAUACGCUACAGCUCUGUAUAAUGCAGCAAGUAAAAGUACAUCUCUUGAGAAGAUCGAGAAAUCGCUUAAUUCUCUGUGUAAUAUUAUUGAUAAAGAUGUGAAACUUUCAUUAAUUCUUAACAACCCGUCACUUUCAAUAAAGGAACGAACAGUGAUUGCAGAUGUUCUUUCGAAAUUGCUAGGAAAAGACGAAUUAAUUUCGAAUUUUUUACAAGUAAUUGCAGAAAAAAAUCGUUUUAACCUUAUAAAAGAUGUAUCUAAGAAGUUUUCAUAUCUUAUAACAACAAAAAGAGGGGAAGUUGAAGUAGUUGUUACUAGUGCAACAUUACUUGAUUCACAUUCUUUGAAGCGUUUAGAAACAGCUAUUUCAAAAUCAAAAUAUGUUGGACCAGAAAAAAAACUUGUAAUGAUUAAUAAAGUAAAUAAAAAUAUUAUUGGAGGCAUUAUUGUAGAGAUUGGAAACUAUACAAUCGAUUUAAGUGUAGCAGAUAAAAUUCUAAAAUUAAAUAAAAUUUUGACAGAUUCUAUUUAAAUCUGUUGAUUUGUUUUAUAUCCUAAUAUUGAAAAACAGGAG